CAGUGUGAAAAUGUGAGUCAGACUGGAUCUUGCCACGAAGUGCAAGUGUGGGAGCGAAGAACACGGUACGGCUCGAGACAAGGGCGAGGUAGACUACAGUUGUGUGUUUUGUUUCCCGAUACUAAUGUUCCAUGCUCGCUGUAGCAAGCGCUCACCGCCCAGGUUUGUUGCACACUCAUUAUUCCCUGUUCCUAUUUGUGUAGCAACUAGAAUUGGGAUUGUAAGCACAACGACUACGUGUCAGCUCAGGAUCCUAUAAACAUUUUCUCACUCUACACUUCAUCACGAUAUCGGUUGUCGUUGAAGACACCGCAACCUGCUGUAUACCAGCACAUCAAGAUUCUGUUCGGCUGCAGUGGCUGGUGAUAAUGGGAGACCUCGAUAGGCGCAGCUUUCCCACACACCUGCUGGAUGCCAAGUACGAUGGACCGCUAGUCCGGUCACAGCCAGAGACCAAUGGCGAGUCGUGCGAGUACACGAUGUGCACGGGCUCCAAGUACGUGGGUCCCAUGAAAGAUGGCAUGGCGGAGGGAAUAGGCGUUCUCCAUUUGUCCGACGGCCGUGUGUUUCGUGCAAUCUGGAAAAAAGGCAAAGCCGUAGACUUUCCACGCGACCUGGCGGAAUUCAAGGAUCCAAACGACCCGUACGAUGAUUCCUGCUACACCGACCUUAUGGAUGACGAGAAGAGACGGCAAGAUGCUUGUGGGGGCAGGUAUCUGAUGAAAGACGGCCUGGAGCACCGCGGGGAUCUUUGGCGCUACUGCAAUGGCGAAACUGACCGGCGUUUCUACGCCGAGGCAACGAAGGGUGACCUCGGCAAACCGGGCGAGACCAUGAUGGGACCCGGUCCGGGUCCGGUGCGUGACGUACCGGAAGGGAUGUAUGACUGCGGUGAAGGGUUCUAUGACCCCGAGCGAAAGCUCGUCACGGACUACGACAGCGGAGAGUACAUUCGCUACGUUGGCCGCGAUGAGGACGAUUGGAUCGUGCUGAAUUGCCGCCAAGGUCCGGAGUUACUCAAGGCCGACUGCAGGCGGCGAAAUGUGGAGAAUGCAACGAAUGGCUUAUAGCUGGCUAUCAGUUAGUGGUGGCAUCACUCGGGGAAUUCCCUAGCCAACGACCAUACACAUGUUUAUACAAAAAAUCCAGUGCUGCCCAAGGUAGACAUCACCAGGCCACAGAAGUCCUGUGAUCAAGAGUACUACAUUAUGUACUCUUGUUGUGAUGCACCACUGUCUGAUGGAGUAUACAGAUGCCUGCAUGAACUGAUUACCAGUAGGGAUCUGCGCGUGCGUGGAGUGAAGUUCAAGAGUGCACUCAGUUACAGUACCACGGUGUACAGUGUAUGACGUGGCAGACAGACUCUAUACUCAGCCGUGCCUUGAGAUCAUCUAUGAUUGCAGCUACAGUCUGCCAUACAAUCAUGUGCAAUAAACCAUGAAUGCAUGCUUACUGUGUGAAUCAGUGCCGAAUGCAAUGGAUAGUAUGAAUGGCCCCUUGCCGGAUACGCCUCUUAUCAGUGUGUGAAGUCUAAGUCGUGACAAUACGAGUUGAACACCAGUAGACUAUCAGUCACUGUUGCCAAAUUGCUAACUCAGAGUGCUUCGAAUAUCCAUCAGUUCACCAUCCAGCUGCUUUCCAUCUCUGGACGAGAGGGCGGGAUGUCGGGCUGAGCCGGAGACUUGGGUCUACAUGUUCAUGUGACUAUUACUGACAGCAUAAUUUACGGGCACCUUGUCUAGUGAUACUACUGCCGUUUCACCACAGUGUUAUGGCAUCACUGUCCCCUGAUCACCGUUCUGGCCGUAACAACUAACAACUUGUCUGUCUGUCUGUCCAGUAUGAUAGACGGCAAAUGAGGCAGCCUUUUCUUUGUAUUUGGCGAUAAUUUACUUUUAUUAUACUUACAGACAGUCACGCGGCCCAGAUGUUGGGGUGUAGUGUUGAAAGAUACCGGCAUGACAAUGAAGCUGCAUCAUUUAGUCAGUGCCGGGGCCCGGUAUCCCGCAGCACCUCGUUGCGUGGCGAUUUCAAGUGUUACCCGAUAUUGAAGGUAGGUGAUGCCUGGUGCUUGUGAUCAGCGCUCCUCGGGCAUGGUAUACAAACUCAGUGUCACGGAUGCCGGCCUCCGUACAACCAGCGGUAUGCACAGUAGCAGGCAGAGUCACGGCUGCAGUCACGGUGUAUCCGAACGGCAAGUGAUGAUGAUGUCACAACGCUGGACCAAGUCUAAACACUUUACUGGCACUGGCACCGUGACUGGUCUUGCGCAGGAAGCCCUCCCCGAUAAGCAAUGAUGGUCUUUACAACCAAAUUACUUGUAAGAGAGCAUGAACAACCUUUCUUCAA